GGGAAAAUGGGGAAAUUAGCCGUUGCAGCUAUCACGGGCUUGUGGGUAAUUCCCAUGUCGAUCAUCGUCAAUCACAUUGUUCCCGAACCCUACAUGGACGAGAUAUUCCAUGUGCCUCAGGCUCAGCAAUACUGCAAUGGGAAUUUUAGGAGCUGGGAUCCAAUGAUCACUACCCCACCUGGAUUGUACUAUCUUUCACUUGCACAUGUUGCUUCUUUCUUUCCAGUAAUGUUGUUGCUGAAAACUACUACACAGUCCUUUUCGGAAGCUUGUUCUACGUCUGUUCUACGGUCUACGAAUGCUGUUUUUGCAGUUCUGUGUGGAGUUAUAGUGUAUGAGAUUAUCAGAUUCUUGGGGCCAAAUCUCAGUGAUAGAAAAGCAACUUUCAUGGCGUUAGUCAUGUCGCUUUACCCUCUCCAUUGGUUCUUCACUUUCCUCUACUACACAGAUGUUGCGUCUCUAACCGCAGUUCUUGCCAUGUACCUCGCUUGUUUGAAAAGAAGAUAUAUGCUCAGUGCAUUGUUUGGUACUUUAGCAAUUUUUAUCAGACAAACAAAUGUAGUCUGGAUGCUUUUCGUUGCUUGCUCAGGUGUUAUAGACUUCACUCUCGAAUCGCUGCCAAGGCGAAAAGAAAAACUAGAUCAAGAUUUGCAUCGGUUCAUUGAUAGCAAAGGAGAAACCGUGAGAUCAAAUCUCAGAAAAAGAAAAUCUGAUAGCAGCUUGGAUACUACCAACCGUUUCGACCGCAGUAAAAUCAUUUCUUCAACAGAGGAGGAUAUUUCAGGCUUAGUCAGUGAUAUCUAUGCUGUAAUCUCAACAUCUUGGAAUCUGAAGUGGAGGCUUUUGGUCACAUUUAGCCCUUUCAUCGUCGUUGUGGUGGCGUUUGGUAUUUUUAUCCUCUGGAACGGGGGUAUAGUCCUCGGUGCAAAAGAGGCUCAUGUGGUUUCCCCGCAUUUCGCGCAGAUAAUGUAUUUCAGCCUCGUCUCUGCUCUUUUCACUGCUCCCUUACACUUCUCAGAACUGAGAAAUCUGUUCCAAAGGCUCCAUAAAAGCUGGCCUUUACGCCUUCUAGUGACUCUUGUGGCUCUGAUAGCCGGAUUAGGCUCUGUACACUUUUUCAGCUUGGCUCAUCCUUACCUUCUCGCCGAUAAUCGCCAUUAUCCUUUCUAUCUAUGGAGGAAAGUCAUCAACGCUCAUUGGUCAAUCAAGUACGUGUUAGUCCCGGUUUACGUCUACUCCUGGUUCUCAAUCCUAAGUUUAUUAGAGAAAACUCGAAGGAAGAUCUGGGUAUUGAUCUAUUUCUUAGCGACAUGCGCUGUUCUUGUUCCGACGCCAUUGAUCGAGUUCAGAUAUUACACCAUCCCGCUUUACCUCUUCAUGCUUCACUCCUGUGUCAGAAGCAGCGGCUUCGCCACUUGGCUUCUCGUAGGAACGAUUUUUGUCGGUGUUAAUGUGUUUACAAUGGCGAUGUUCUUGUUUAGACCGUUCAAGUGGAGCCAUGAGGAUGGUGUCCAGAGAAAGAAAGAGAGAAAUUCAAAAAUGUAA